UUGAUUUACAUCGCGAUGACUAUCGCCAUUAGGGCCCCGCAGCUCCCUCCUGGAGAUCGUUUCGACUUGCAGCUGACUUCAAGCUUGAUAAGGGCCGAUAGCGUUCGGUUUGCAUUCUUCCUGCGUGGGUGUCGUGCCGUGGUUUUUUUUUUCUUUGCCUCUGCUGCUAGACAUUCCAGCCUUAAAGCCAACGGUCUGCAUAUCGAUCACUCGCGGUUUUGUGAAAACACCCUCGUUUUUCCAGGUGCUUAUCUGGUGUAGCUGAGUCUGCCAAGGUAUAUUCACUUCACCCGUUAGAAACGUCAAGACAUAGAGCUUUCAGCUUCAUUUCCCACUUCUGAGCAUCAGGGUCAUUAUGGAAAUGUCUAGAGGAAUCUGUCUCCUGGCUUGUUUAUUUCUUUGUGUUGUGUUGCCGGUGAGAUCUGCGAAUGGUGUUGCAGUGGGUGACAGCGCACUGGAAGCGCCACUCCAAGACGCCCUUCUACCCACCAAGACACUCGAGGCACCAGAUCUUGUUGGCCAAUGUCCGCUGGACGAAUGCUCCAUCAGUAGCGCUCACUCGACAAUCGACCGACCCUCCUCGCCAAUCGAAUUAGAACGGGUAGUCGAGAAGGUCGGGAAAGAAUGGCAAUGCGGCUCCAUCCGCUCGUCACGAUGGAGUGAUAAACAACACCUCUAUCCCAAUGUGUUUUGGAACCACAUAAUGGGUUCGGCUAACAAGCAAUACGCUCAAGUUCGGAGCUUGCAAGAUGCUGGAGUUUUUGGACUGAUGCCAAGGAUAAUGACCCAACGAGCAUACUACGAAACGCAAGCCACGGACGAAGAAAAAAGAAUGAUUGAUGAGUCUUGGGAACGUCUCUUCGAGCGUUGGUGGACGGCAGAUUCCGGGGCUUCCGCUCAAGAAGGACGGAUGGUCGCACAGAGGCUCUUGGAAAGAAUGGAUGAGAUUGCUGAGCAAGUUCGCAUCAAACAGCAAGAGUAUCAAGGAGAAACAGAGGAAGAAAAGAGAGAGAUAGGGAGAAGAUAUGUGAAGGCUAUCGCUGACGACUUGACCAAGGAAUGUUGGACUUCAUAUAAUCCCCUCUUCCAACAAACUUCAUGGUUCAAUAAACUCACCACCACCAGUCAAGAGAUCCAUUCUUCUCUGGAUCAGUUGGCUGAAGAUCUUCGGAAGCUUCCAGACCCUUCAAUGAAGAACUAUUUUUAUCAUGAGGUCCGCAAUAAGAGAAUCAAUCAAAGUGCUUCCUUAGGAUUAAAGUUUUCUAAGCACCCUGCAACAAACUCGUGAAUAAAAUGAGCACUUUGAUUUAUACAAUCAGUCAGUCUUCUCAACAUCGACUUGUAAUUUGUAGUACUAGCAUGGCUUCAGAUAUGAGAUUUUGAAUAAAUGGUCACCAAUGUUUAUUAGAUUAAAGCAAGAGCAUGAACGAGUGUUGUAAAUGUUCUCUCUCUCUCUAAUCUCUCAGUGUGGGCUUCCUUGGUUGUCUUGAUGAUGGAAUGGAAACGCUUGAAAUGAGGGCAUGAUAUGAAGGGGAUUCUUGCUCCUUCUCUUGC